AUGGGUAGCCGAUGUAGCUUUCUCUUCCACCAUUUUAGUCAAGCUAUAACCAAUCCACUGAAGGACACCAUCAUUGUAUUUGUCGUUGGUGGUCCUGGUAGCGGCAAAGGUACUCAAUGUGCCAAAAUUGUAGAGAAGUAUGGAUUUACUCAUCUGUCUUCUGGAGAUCUGUUACGGGAGGAAGUGGCAUCAGGGUCUACCAAGGGAAAGGAACUCACAGCCAUCAUGGAGUCAGGCCAGCUUGUGUCAAUGGACACUGUACUGGAUCUUUUGAAGACUGCCAUGAUUAAACGUGCUGCUGAGAGUAAAGGUUUUCUCAUUGAUGGCUACCCAAGAGAACUGGAGCAGGGGAAGAGGUUUGAGAAUGAGGUGGCUGCAUGUAAAUUUGUACUUUAUUUCGAUGUGGCUGAUGAAACCAUGAAGACACGUUUGCUGGGCCGGGCUCUCACCAGUGGAAGAGUUGAUGAUAAUGAGGAGACAAUCAUGAAGAGGCUGAAGACAUUUCAUGACCACACCGCUCCAGUUAUGGAUUAUUAUGCCAAACAAAACAAGUUGCAAACUGUGAAGGCUGAAUGUAGCCCUGAAGAAGUAUUUUGCCAAGUGGAGAAAAUAUUCAAGCAAUGCUGCCCAAACCUAAAAUGCUGCAUAGAUGACUGCAAAGUGCUUUUUGUUGUUGGUGGUCCUGGAAGUGGAAAGGGAACAAUCUGUGCCAAAUUAGUGCAGUCAUAUGGCUUCUGUCAUUUAUCUUCUGGAGAUUUACUUAGAGAAGAGGUUGCAUCUGGCUCUGCUAGAGGCAAAGAGCUUAAUGCAAUUAUGCAAAAAGGAGAUCUUGUUCCAUUGGAAGUGGUUUUGCAGCUGUUGAAAGAAACAAUGAUUAAAAAAGCUGCCCAUGUCAAAUGCUUCUUGAUUGAUGGCUAUCCACGGGAGCUCCAACAAGGCAAACAAUUUGAAAAUGAGGUUGCCAAAUGCACAAAUGUUUUGUAUUUUACUGUUCCUGAUGAUGUCAUGGUUAGCAGACUGCUUGAACGAGGUAAAACCAGUGGCCGUAUUGAUGACAAUGAAGAAACCAUCAAAAAGCGACUCCAAACUUUCCACAAUAUUACACAACCUGUAAUUGAUUAUUAUGAAAAAGAAAAGAAACUUGUGACGAUCAAUGCUGAUAAAUCAGUGGAUGAAGUAUUUGGACAGGUUCAGGCUUUUAUGAAGAACUUUUAA